GGAAGUUCGAUGCGUGCGUGACAAUUGUUUCCUGUUGUCUACUGACAACAGAGCAGCUGCCAUUUAGAGCUCACCGGAGACAAAAGUGGAAAAGAUUAAUCCACAUUGACUGUUUAAAACACUGGCUGGAGUGAGAGACAAAGAAACGCAGUAAAAAUGGACACUGAAGAAAAGACCUAUGGUGGCUGUGAGGGGCCAGACGCCAUGUAUGUGAAAUUGAUCUCCUCUGAUGGCCAUGAGUUUAUUGUGAAGAGAGAACAUGCAUUGACAUCUGGAACAAUCAAAGCUAUGCUUAGUGGUCCUGGCCAGUUUGCUGAAAACGAAACAAAUGAAGUCAACUUUCGAGAGAUUCCAUCACAUGUCCUUUCUAAAGUCUGCAUGUAUUUUACAUACAAAGUUCGCUAUACUAAUAGUUCAACAGAAAUCCCAGAAUUUCCUAUUGCCCCAGAGAUAGCACUGGAGCUUCUGAUGGCUGCAAACUUCUUAGAUUGUUAAAAAAUACAAACAGACACUCAUACAUUCAUCUGGCUGGAAAUAAAUAUGAAAAGAAAGCUAAAUAUUAUUGGUUCAUUUUAUUGCUUUUAAAUGCAAAAUAAGGUUUGCCAACAAAACAAUGCUGUACUGAGAUUACAGAGUUAAGAGUAUUAGCUGUUUGGUUAUUUAUACGAUAAAUCUGUUGGGUUUUUUCUGUUCAGGUUAUCUUUUUUUGUGUUGACCCAGUAUUAACUUUUACAUUAUUUCUAAAUAACAAAAUGCCGGGAGAAAUAUUCACUUAAUAAACCAGACUGAAAUGUAAUUUUACAUUUCCAUCAUCUUUGUGGUAACAAUUUUCAAAUUCAAUUGAAAUAAAUUUGUUAUACAGUACUCUGAUCAUAUAAAUGUCUUGUAAUUGUCAAUAGUUGUUCAUCAGUUGUUAAAUGAAUAAACUCAGCUUAUCCGUU